AAACUAUCAAUAUUACUUAAUUUUAUAUUUAUUGGCUGCUUAGGAAAUGCUUAGAAAAAAAAUACAGAAACUAAGUCAAAUAACACUUGAUCCUCCACAUGAGUUAACUAUUUAUCAAAAAAUAGCAUAUGUAAUGGAAAUAAGAGAUCAUGAUUUAUAUCUAUGUAAAACAGCUGAUGGAGAAACUCUCUUAGCAGAACUACCAGCACGUUUUCGUUGCAAAAUAUGGGUUAGACGAGGUGGUUUCGUUGUGAUUGAUACACAUGAGUUUGAUAAUAAAGGUGGUAAAAUACAAGCAGAAAUAACUAUGAUUAUUCAAAAUGAAAAAAUAUGGAAAAAGAAAAAAUACUGGCCAAAGAUAUUUAAUGAAAAUACAGAAGAUACAUAUAAAAUGGAUGUGGCACAAGGAACAAUACCAAAUGAUGAUCUAAUAAGAAAUCCUAAUCAACGAAGAUUUUUUCAAGAAAAUAGCGACAAAGAAGAAGAAGAAUAGCAAAACAAUAAGCAAUAGCCAUAACUGCUUAUUUUUAUUAUAAAAC